UUCCAAGCGCAGCUAGUAAACAAAAAAACAACCAGGAAAAAAACAGAAAAUGGCUCCUAAUUUCCCCUCCAUUUCCUCCAGCUUUGUGAGCUUCUGUUCUUAGGGUUUUCCGAAGUUUAUCUUCUCCGAUUUUCCUCCUAGAUAGGAAAAUAUCGUGAUUUUUUUUUUGAAUCUUAAUUCCUCAAAGAAUUCGUGAAUUUGAUUUUUUUUUUCCGCCAGUAAUUUGUUAGGGUUUUCCAACAUUUGGUUUCCAGCCGAAAUCCCUAUUUGAAGACGUGUUUUUUGUCUCACAUUUCUGAGCAAAAUGAGGGAAUCUGUGAGUUGGCUUCAAGAUUCAACCUUUGGUUGAGUACUACUCCGGUUAUUUGAACUCUUUUGCGGAGGGUGAAAUUUUGAAAAUGCCGGGGCAUAAAUCUGAAGCAGAGAAAGGAGCUGGCGAGAAGCAGCUACGCAGAGACCCUUACGAGGUUUUGGGAGUCAACAGAAAUUCUACUGAUCAGGAAAUUAAGAGCGCCUAUCGGAAAUUGGCUCUAAAAUAUCAUCCGGACAAAAAUGCAAAUGAUGCUAAGGCCGCGGAUAUGUUCAAAGAGGUCACGUUCUCGUAUAACAUUUUGUCAGAUCCAGAUAAAAGGCGGCAAUAUGACUCAGCAGGUUUUGAGGGUGUUGAAUCAGAAAGCCAGGAACUGGAACUGGAUCUUUCAAGUUUAGGAACUGUCAAUACUAUGUUUGCUGCAAUUUUUAGUAAGCUCGGAGUUCCUAUCAAAACUACAGUAUCAGCCACUGUCUUGGAGGAAGCAUUAAAUGGUGCGGUAACCAUUCGUCCACUCCCACUUGGGCAACCUUUGUGUAGGAAGGUUGAAAAGCAAUGUGCUCACUUUUAUUCUGUUACCAUAACAGAAAAGGAGGUACAGGCCGGAUUUGUUUGCAGAGUCUAUUCAGCAGAUAAAAGCAAGUUUAAGCUAUUGUACUUUGAUCAGGAAGAAAAUGGCGGACUAAGCCUUGCUUUACAGGAGGAUAGUUCAAAAACAGGGAAGAUUACAUGUGCUGGCAUGUAUUUUCUUGGGUUCCCUGUUUACCGGAUGGAUCCAGCCCAAUCUGUGGCAGCCGUAAAAGAUCCAGAUGCUGCUUUCUUCAAAAAGCUGGACGGAUUUCAGCCAUGUGAAAUAACUGAAUUGAAAGCUGGCACCCAUUAUUUUGCAGUUUAUGGUGAUAAUUUUUUCAAAAGCGUAAGCUACACUAUAGAAGUUCUUUCUGCCGAACCUUUUCCAGAAGAGAAGGAGAAUCUUCGAUUGGUGGAAGCUCAAAUUUUGUCCAAAAGGAUUGAACUCUCUAAGUUUGAAACGGAAUACAGGGAGGUUCUAGCACAAUUCACCGAGAUGACCAGUAGAUAUGCCCAAGAAAUGCAAGCUAUUGAUGAGCUUCUCAAAAAUCGGAAUGAAAUACAUGCAUCUUAUACAACUGCUCCGCAAAUAAAACGUAGCAGUAGUGGUCGAAGCAAGAACAAGGCCACAUUCAAGGAAAGUGAAGAUGGCCAAGGGAGGGACAAAAAGCCUUCUAGGGACCGGUUGAAGAAAAAGAGAUGGUACAAUCUCCCCUUAAAGGUGGACAAAAGGAAGCCUUGCGGAAUGGAAUGACUAUGCCGUCCAUCUGUACUGUAAUAUUGCUUCUUCAUUCUCAUCUAUUUUCCUAUGCUCUGCCCUUUAAGAUUCUCAUGUAUUGUAAAUUGAAACAUUUCAUUCAUUGGAAUUUUUUAUCGACUGGAGCUGAUCUGAAGCCACCCAAAACUGGAAUUGAUGAAGAUGGACUGCCAGUAGCAGUGGUUAUUCCUUCAUCCUCGUCUGUGUAUCUUUUAGGCCUUUGAAGUCGUAUAACGUUUACAGUUGGUAUCUUCCAAUCCAAGCUGAAGUCGAUGCAAUUAUGUAACAUUCCCACAUUUAAUAUGAAGUCGGAAAGUUUGGGUAUGGUGAAGAGUAAAGAAACUGUUUUCAUGGUAUGCUUUCCAGUUUCUACCAAGUUGGUUAAAAGAAUUCUCGUGUAGGUUUUUAAUUGUUGUGUUGGAGUAAUACAGAACUCCAUGUUUAUUAUGUAUGCAUCCUUCUUUUUCUUUUUCUUUUUUUAAGUAGGCAGUACAUAUCUUAUAUAUAUAUAUAUGUAUUUUUUUUGGUUUUCUGAGGGGACAUAUCUUAUAUUUUGAGUAGUCCAUGUAUGUUAUGAGGAA